GAUGCGCGCGGGUUAUUAACUAGUAUUUUUAUAAAGGGAAAUUCGCAGAUAAAUACCUAUACUUUUACAAAACUCCCAGAUUAAUACAUGUACUAUAAAAUUCCCAAAUAAAUACCUGUACUUUUCAAAACUCACAUAUAAAUACCCAUACUUUUGAAAAAUUACCAAAUAAAGCAUUCAUCGUUGACGGCGUUUAACGUGUCACUGUUCAACCUAAAAAAUCGAUGAUUUAGCUUUAUAAAAUCCGACUAAGCAUCCACGUGUUUUGCCACGUCGGACUAACCGGUUCAAUUAAUUGGAUCGAUUUGACAAAAAACCAAUCCGGUUUGGUAAACAUUUCAGAAGCCCUAAAAUCCCCAAAUGAGAAUCGGGCACUCAAAAUCUGGAAAAAUUAGAAACCCUAGAAACUAAAAACUCUCUGAGUACGAAUUUCGGCGAAUCGAUAGUCUCCUCUUAGUGGUGAAUCGGCGCUCUCCUCUUGUCGAUUUCUCUGUGAAGGGUUACAUUUUAAUCUACGUAUGAAAAAUGGCAAACAAAAUCGAUGUCAAUUUUCAUAUUGGAGGAACAAUGAUAAAUGUGGAUGGAGAACUCAGCUACAUAGGCGGAUUCAAGAUCAAUGGAGUGAAGUUCGAUCCAGAUAAGUUAUCAUGGUUAGUCUUUGAGAAGUUUGUGCAAUCCCAUAAGAUAUCAUCUCCUAUUUCUAUGAUGUUGUAUAAGUUGCCUCAUGAAACAAUGCAAGAAUUGAGGGUAUGUCAUGAAGAUGUAGUUUGGGAAGUUUGUGAUAUGUGUAAACUAGCUGAGGAAUGGAAGAAGUUAGAGAUCUAUGUAGAUCAUGAGAUAUCAGAACCAAAUGUUGUGCUAAGUCUCCCCGAUAGUCAAGAGUGUCCGGAUGACAUUGUUGAAGAAGAGAUUCAGAACGAGGAUGUUUUCGAGAAAGAGUUCAGUGAAGAAGAGGUUAGGAGUGAAAAUGUUAUACCAGAACAGGUUCAGGAUGAGGAUAUUAGGGAAGCAUUUAGAGAAGAAUUUGCUGUAGAAGAAGAGGGUAGAGAAGAAGAGGCUGUAGAAGAAGAGGGUAGAGAAGAAGAUGUUGUAGAAGAAGAGAUUCAAAAUGAGGAUGAAGAAAAUGAUUUUUGUAGAAGGUCAUCAUAUGAACAACCUGCUGAAUAUAUCAGUGAUGAGGAUAAUGCCAAUAAAGACGACGUUUAUCCUCGAACACCAGAAAAUACAGCAGAUGAGUGGGAGUCUUUUGAAAAGCCUAACUUAGGCGGUCUGAAAAAAAGAUUAUGUGUUGAAGGAGAGGAUCAUAUAAGCUUUGGUAAGACAUUCAACAAUGCUGAGGAAUUUAAAGAUGCUGUUUUCCAAUACAUGUUGAGUACCAAAUAUAACGUUAGAAUAUCGAGAUCGGAGAAGACCAAGUAUGUUGUUGUGUGUGGUACGAAGACUUGUCCGUGGCGAGUGUAUUGUUCAGUAGAUGGCCGUUUCAAUAAAUGGCUGAUAAAAUCAUAUAACCCGGAUCACAACCACACGAAAGAUGGAUAUGCAUCAUUAUUGACGAUGAGGCACAUCGCAGCCAUGUUCACCGAAAUGCUCAGAAGACAGCCUUCAUACCCUGCUGCCCAGAUGCAAUAUGAUUUGCAAACAGCUUGUGAGAUGACUGUGUCAUUAUCAAAGUGUUUCAAAGCUCGGCAAAUUGCGUUAGGAGUGUUAAUGGAGGAUCAACGAGUUCAGUUUGCAAAGUUAUGGGAUUAUGAAGCGGAGCUUAGGAGAUCAAAUCCCAACACAACUACUGAAAUUGUGACAAAACUUGAGAAAGGUGUACCAGUUUUCGAUCGAUUUUAUAUAUGUUUCGAGGUUUUACGCGAGACUUGGAAGAAACAUUGUCGCUCUGUGAUCGGGUUAGAUGGAUGUUUUUUGAAAUGGGAGCUUAAAGGAGAACUCCUUUCUGCUGUUGGAAGAGAUGCGAACAACCGGAUUUAUCCUAUAGCAUGGGCAGUUGUACGCGUGGAGGAUACCGAUAGUUGGACUUGGUUUGUACGUAAACUACAAGCAGAUUUGGACUUGGGGGAAGGACACAAUAUUACUAUACUUUCAGAUAAACAGAAGGGUUCAGUUGUACGCGUGGAGGAUACCGAUAGUUGGACUUGGUUUGUACGUAAACUACAAGCAGAUUUGGACUUGGGGGAAGGACACAAUAUUACUAUACUUUCAGAUAAACAGAAGGGUUUGUUAAAUGCUAUUGAGAAUAUACUUCCAUUUGCUCAUCACCGUAUGUGUACUCGACACAUAUAUGCCAAUUGGAGGAAGUCAUUCAAAGAUUUGGAGCUCAAGAGAUUGUUUUGGGCAGCUGCUAACAGUUUCCAUGAAGGUGAGUUUCAAAAGCAUAUGGAAGCUGUGAAGAAUUAUAAUCAGCUGGCAUAUGAGGCAUUGAUUCGUUCUAGACCGAAACAAUGGGCACGAGCGUUCUUUAGUCUUCAGUCUAAGUGUGAUGAUGUAAACAACAAUUUGUCGGAGAGUUUCAAUGGGUCAAUCAGAGAAGCACGUAUGAGACCUAUGAUUGACAUGCUGGAAAGUAUCAGGCGACAAACAAUGCAAAGAAUUGCGAAGCGGCAACGCCAGUCCAGCUCUUGUAUCACUCCAUUUCCACCAGACGUAAUGGAUGACAUCGAAGCUGUUCGACAGAGGUCAGUCUAUUGUAUAGCGAUACCAAGUGGACAUGGAAAAUAUGAAGUUUUACAAUUCGGUAUAAGUUAUACCGUAGACCUUGGUGGGAAGACUUGUGCUUGCCGGAGAUGGAAUUUAACCGGAUUACCAUGUGAACAUGCAUUAUGUGUCCUCAAUGCAAGAAAAGACGACAUUACAAGGUAUUCUUCAGAGUUUUUUCUGACAUCAAAAUGGAAACAAACAUAUGAGAAAAAUCUGUUACCAGUCAAUGGGGAACCAAUGUGGCGUAAGUUGGGAAGAGAACCUAUCGGUGUACCCGAGAAGCGGGCGAUGCCCGGACGACCGAGGAAACAUAACCGAAAAAAGGAUCCUCACGAAUCUCCUACAAAGAAAGGUCAUAUGACACGUCAUGGUAGGAUAAUGACAUGUAGUCGGUGUAAGCAGCCUGGGCAUAACACAAGCACGUGUAUAAAUGAUCCGGUACAGAAUAAUGUCCAGAAACGAGGACGAGGAAGACCAAGAAAAUUACAGGUCGGUGGACUGUCAAGACAGCCCGAACCAUCAAAAAGAACAAGAACAACGACCAAUGUUUCUGUCGAUUCGGUCCAAUCGAGUCAAAAUUCUAUCCAGGUUGGUCCAUCAAGUCAAGCUCAUCCUCCAAGACCUAGACAUAAUCGUCACCCUAGACCAAGACAGAACCAUCCCUCAGCCCAAUCAACUCAACAAAUGCCUCUUCCUACUCAAUCCAGCCAGAGUAAUCAGCCUUCUGUCCAAUCCAGCCAGAGUGGUCCUCCGACUUCACAACGUCUUCGUUAUCGAUCAACUCGACCCCUUGGAGGACCGCAUAACCGAAAUACAUCUUCCAUGAUAUUUGUUACUCCAUAUACGGGUAGAGUAUUUCAGGUUCCAAGGCCGGCUCCUCCAUCAAACUCGGGAAACAAGUGACAUAGGUUUCGGCUAUUAGGAGUUUAUAUUUUGGCUCGGAAUUCUGUAUUGACUGCUCUUUUUUGUUUCAGAAUUCUGUAUUGACUACUCUUUUUUGUUUCAGAAUUCUGCAUCGGUUGUCUUUGGAUUUUUUUGGUUCAAAAUUCUGUAUCGUUUGUCUUUGGAUUUUUUUUGGGUUAAUGUGAACCUAUCGG